AUGUUUCUCCAUCGCCUACGGCAAAACCUCCCUCCUCUACCUCCCGGUCUUCUUCCAUCAGGCCAUCGGAGCAGCGCCGCCGUUCUUCACCGCGAUCUUCGCGUUUUUAAUCACUUGCAAGAAGGAAUCAGCGUGGUGCCCACAAAGGCCCUAGUGGUAAUGGUCGGGCAGGGCGGUUAUGACGCAACUGGUGGCUCUGAUUUGCACUGA